AUGGCUACGGUGCAGGAUUCCGCCAGGAAGGAGUCGGUGGCACAGCCAGACUCUUUCGAUGCUGGCAUUCACUCAACGCAGCAGCAGCUCGUUGAGGCUGCCGUCGCCGCCUCUGAGGCUGAAACUCAGCUGCCACGUAUGGAGCUCUUCAAGCGCUACCGGCCUGCCCUCAUCUAUUCCUCGCUUUUAUCCAUGGCUCUGGUCAUGGAGGGGAUGGAUGUCGGGCUCAUCAACAACUUUUUCGCCCAUCCCGCCUACCGUCGGAGGUUCGGCAACACUUAUAACGUGGAUGGAGAUUUGGUUGUCUCAACCCGAUGGCAAACGAUCAUCGGCGCCGGUAACAACGUCGGGUCUAUCAUCGGUCUCCUGGCCAAUGGUUGGCUUCAGUCUCGCUACGGUUCUCGCAGGGUGUACUUGGGCGCGAUGGUCCUUAUGGCAGGCACUAUUUUUGUCCUCUUUUUCUCAAAGAAUGUUGAAAUGCUCCUCGUCGGGAACAUCUUGUGCGGUAUUCCCUGGGGUAUCUUCCAAACUCUUACCACAGCCUACGCUGCCGAAAUUGCCCCCACCGCCAUGCGUGGCUACCUGACUGCCUGGGUCUCUAUGUGCUGGGGUGCUGGAUCUUUCCUAGCCGCAGGUGUGCUCAGAGGCACCAUCAGCAUUGAAAGCAACGCCGGCUGGCAGAUCCCCUACGGUCUCCAGUGGAUGUGGAUUCCCCCUCUCUUCCUCGUCGCCUGGUUCGCUCCCGAGUCGCCCUGGUACCUUAUUCGCCGUGGCAAGAUUGAAGAGACUGAGAAGAGCCUGCGCCGCUUGGCCCGCCCAGGACACUACACCGAGCAGUCGAUGCGCGAGAUGCUUGCCCUCAUGCAUCACACCAACGAAAUGGAAAAGCUGGAAGCGAAGAACGCUAGCUAUGCUGACUGCUUUCGCGGCGAGAACAAGCGCCGCACACUCAUUGUCUCCAUGGCCUGGAUUAUUCAGAUCUUCAACGGCCAGUCCAUCACUAACUAUGCCGCACAAAUGCUCCGUGCUGUCGGCAUGAGCGCUACCGAUGCCUUUAGCUACACUAUGGGUAUCCAAUCAGUCAACAUCUUCGCCACUGCAAUCGCCAUUGCUCUCAUGGGCUCAGUUGGCCGCCGCACUUUCUACCUUUACGGCUCUGCCUCCAUCGGCCUCUGCAUGCUCGUCGUUGGCAUCAUGGGAUUUUCCGUAAAAAACGCCGCAGACGUUGCCAUCCCCGUUGCUGUUUUCCUCAUCUUUGUUCAAAUCGCUUUCAAGAUCUCUCUUGGCCCGACCACCUAUGUUAUCGUGGGCGAGAUGGCCUCGUCUCGCGUCCGUGCCCAGACCAUCGUCAUUGGUCGUGCCCUCUACGUCUGUGGUCAGAUUGCCGUCCAGCAGCUCAAUCCCCGCAUGCUCAACAAUGAUCCUACUGCGUGGAACUGGGGUGCGAAGACUGGCAUGUUCUACUUCGGCUUUUGUCUGCUCUGGGUGAUCUGGAUCUUCUUCUUCCUUCCCGAGACCAAGGAUCGAUCCUUCGCUGAGAUUGAUUACCUCUUCAAGAAGAAGACGCCCGCCCGCAAGUUUCGCACUGCUGAUAUCGACUUGUUUGAGUUUACACCAGAGGAGAAGUUGCAAGAAGAUGUUAGUACAAAGAGUGCAAUGCAGGGCUCGGUAAGAGAAGUUGUGUAG